AUGAGCCCUAGCCUCGUCCACGCCGACGCGUCCAACUUCGCCAACGGCGUCACCAAGGAGGAGGCCUACGAGCAAGUUCUCCUGCAAGCGGAAGGCCUCUUUGACGACCAAAGAAACUGGGUACACCCCCCCCUCCCCUUCUCCUUCUCACGCCUGCAUCCUCAGGCUCCCUACUCGAUAUAUCAACUAACAUCUCACAGGUCUGAACUUCACACACCCGCUCACACUCUCAACCCCCCACCCAGCAACCUCUCCAACGCGGCCUCCCUCCUCUGGCACGCCUACCACUCCCUCCCGCCGCCCUCGACCUCGGUGAACUGGGCCGGCUUCUACGUCCUCGACCCGCGCGCCGCCCCCGGCCGGCCCUCGCUCAUCCUGGGGCCCUUCAUGGGCAAGGUCGCCUGCCAGACCAUCCCCUUUGGCCGCGGCGUCUGCGGCGCCGCAGCCGCCUCGCGCGAGACCCAGCUCGUGCCCGACGUCGACGCCUUCCCCGGCCACAUCGCCUGCGACGGCGACAGCAAGAGCGAGAUCGUCGUCCCCGUCGUCGCCCACGACGGCCGCCUCGUCGCCAUCAUCGACGUCGACUGCGCCGUCCCGAGCGGCUUCGACGACGUCGACCGCGUCUGGUUGGAGAAGCUCGCUGCGCUGCUGGCCAAGAGCUGCGACUGGUGA